AUGUAUAGACUGGUAUUACAGAAAUCUGUCACCGUGUCUGGGGUUAUUGGGUGUCGUCACAUAUCCCGUGUGUCAACAGACCGGGUCUGGAUCAGUGAUAGUGAAGGCAAUCUCAUCUUAACUAACACGACAGGUGACAGACUAGAUCAAGUGACAGAUUUCACUAAAUAUGGUGCUGGAGUACAUACUGUGACUCGGGAUGGUGCUGUGAUUUAUAUAGACAGUCACCAUAACAUCAUUAAACUGUCUACAGAUAACAAAAAGACCACAGUGAUACCGCGCACAUUACCAUGGAGACCAGUGUGUGUCUACAGCCCCCCCUCCACUGGAGACCUGCUGGUCGGGAUGUUGAAUACUGAUACAUAUAGAGGCCAGGUAAACCGUUAUACCAAAACAGGACGACACAUACAGACCAUACAGAACGACAACUUAGGUCAGAGACUGUAUAGAAAUCCUAGAUACAUAACAGAGAACCGCAAUGGAUAUGUUAUUGUGUCUGACGAACUCCGUGGUGUAGUGGUGACAGAUCGUGACGGUAAUUACCGGUUCUCCUACGGAGGUCCUACAUUAGGACCACGAAUAGAUCCACGUGGAAUCUGUACUGACGCGCUGUCACACAUCCUGGUGUGUGCUGCUGCUCAGAACACAAUACAUAUCAUUGACCAGGACGGUCUCUUUCUGACACAGUUCGAGUCCAAACAACACGGGAUAAACAGACCACAGGGCCUGAGUUAUGAUUGUGAUACACAGCUUCUCUGGGUUGGAUCAAACAGCAACAAAGUAAACUUUUACAGACUUAUCAAUGAAGGGGACGAUCUUACUGAUAAAGUUGAUGAGUUAAAGACGUUCUUGAGAAAGGAGAAGACAACUGUUUCCCAUGCCAGAGGAAUACUUGUUGGAUGUGCUGAGGCUGGAAAAACAACGCUACUGAAGCGAUUAAGAGGGCAACAUCACAAUAUCAGCAAAGCUACAAAAUCGUCCAAGGGAAUAACAGCGCUGUUAAAGCGAUUAAGAGGGAAACGUCAAAAUGUCAGUGAAGUUACAGAGUCCACCAGGGGACUGGAAGUCCAUCAACAUCUUUUCAUUGUUAAAGAUGGAAUGUUAGAAGUUGCUGAUGACGACUCACCAUUGAAGACAUUUAUCAGGAUAAAUAUCAAAGACUUAAAGGCAAACAUGUCCAGUGAAGUUGACCUCUCAAAUUCAAAUGAAAAUAGAGACAAUUUGGAAUUGGAAAAAUCAGAUAUAGAUACUGAAGAAAUUUGCACCAGGGAAGAAAAGGAAGAAAGUAAUAUUGAGUUGUCUACUUCACCAACUGAAGUCAAAGAAGAAGUCAAUACAGUAGAGGUAAUGGCCAGUGUUCUUUCCUCAGAAGCAAAGAAAAAAGUGAAGGAUGAAAUUUUUCAGAAAAUCUUGUCUGAAAAAGAGAACUUACCGACUGUAAGCAUGCUGGAUUUUGCUGGUCAGUUAGCGUAUUAUGCCUGUCACCAAAUUUACGUAACACCAAAGGCCUUCUUUAUCCUUGUGUUGGACAUGACUAAGAAGUUUGAAGAUGUUGUUGAAAAAGAGAAAGACAAUCAAGAAGGAUCCGUCUUCUCAGUGUGGACUUACAAAGACUACCUAAAGUUUUGGAUUACCUCAAUCAAAACUUUUGGAGGCACUAAGGCACCAAUGUUCAUUAUUGUCACACACACAGAAAGAAAAUCUACUGAUGAAAUAAAGAAGUACUUUGAAGACUUCUGGAAAACAGUACCAGAUGAGGACAGAAAUUGGCUAAGCAAGUCUCUGAAUGAUCGUGAUUAUGCUGUGGGUCUAGUUGAACUAAAUGACAAUACGAAGAAAAAACUGGAAUUAGUGAAAAAAUCGAUAGUCGAACUAUUUACAAAUGAGCUCAAUACAAAAAUUGAAAUUCCUUCUUCAUGGGCUCUUAUGGAACAGUUAUUAUAUGAAGGAGACUGGAAGGUUUUGUCCGUUGCGGAAAUUUGGAAGCUCAACUCAUCCCUUCCUGAUGAAUAUAAAAUUAAAAGUGAUGAAGAAAUGUCUAGGUUUUUAACGUGUUUCCAUGACAAUGGCAUUCUUUUGUAUUUUCAAGAUGAGAAAUUGAGGGAACAUGCAGUACUGGACAUUCAGUGGUUUGCUAAAGCUUUCAGUAAGAUCAUUGCUGAUAAAAACCAUAUCAAUAAAGACUGCAAAACAACAUUAAUCAAAGAAUGGGAAUCCUUCAACAAAACAGGGGAACUUAAAGAUAAAGUGGUAAAUGCACUAUGGAGAGAUGAACCUUUAUAUUUGACACAUAAAAGUGAAAUUAUGUCUUACAUGGAGAAGCUUCAAAUGCUGGUACCUUUGGAAUCCUCUGUGGCUGUAUCAAAAGGUGACAUGUCAUGGUAUGUCCCCUGUAUGAACAAAAAGCAGUUUAAAGCUGACUUCCAUGAAGAUAAAUGGGAAUGCUCCUCCAUUUUGUGCUAUCGAUUCACAUCUUUUGCCAUUUUUGUGUUCUACAGACUAGUAGCAUAUUGCAUGGGUUUUCUGAGAUGGAAUGUUUCAAUAGAUGAAGAUCAUGAUGGAAGUUUAUGUCUCUAUCAAACAGCGGCAGUGUUUGAUCACAAAGAACACACUGUUGUUGUUGGCAUAUGUAACGAUGAUAUUCAGUUACAAGUAUUACGAAUCAGCCGAUUAGCUGUAGACAAAGACGUAUCAAAUGAAAUUGGAGACUCCAUUGAACAGGCCUUAGAAAUAUUGACGGAAACAUUUCUUGGGGAAAAAAAGUUCCAUAGAGGAUUUAAAUGUCAAAACAGUAUUUGUAAUGAGAAAGAUCUAUCUUUCACCCUUGCAAGUGAGCUCUCCAAAAUUAAGGCUGAAGAAACACAAUGCAAGUGUCGACUUCAGGAGAAGCAUGUGAUAAAUGUACAAAGAACUCUUGGUUUCUGGGAAAAGAAAGAAGUAAACAAUACUAGCAAUCGGCAAAUAUUGACAGACCGAUCUAGAUUUGCAAAGCUUGGAAUGGCAACAAACGAUGUGUUGAAUCAGGCUUACAGAGAUGUGCUUGAGUGGGAAAUGCACCCUUCUCUUGUUUAUAACAAAGUGAAGACAUCAUCAAUUUAUAAAACUUUACGCUCAGAUCAGGAAGAUCUCUUGAAAACAGCUGCAAGCUCUGGAUAUAAGAAUUUUGAUAUUUCAUUGAUCUAUAUGUUGAUCAGAAAUGUUUGUUCAAAGAUCCCUAAGCCAACAAAAGGAAAAUGGGGAGGAAACAGUAUGCCUGCAGCAGGAGAGAUAAGGGUUGGUGAUGAUGUGGAGCGAAUCAGAAUAAUCCGAAACUCUUUGACUGCACACGUAAGCUCAGCCUCCACGCCUCAGACAGAAUUUGAUGCCACCUGGUCAACGAUGUCGGAUAUCUGCCAGAGACUGGAAACCUUCACUGGAAAGAAAUACCUGGACGAUCUUAAUAGCAUUCAAAAACUGACUUUAAAGGAAGAAGAUGAAGAUGCUAUUAUAGAAAAAGUUAAAAUGGAAAGUCAGUAUGAAAUGAUGAAGGCAGUAAUGUCCGAUGUACAAGAAAUUAAAAAGAAUAUGGUAAAGCCUGAAACAAAAGAUGCUUCAAAUUAAGAUUAAGAAUACUACACGUAGAACGCUGUUGGGAAUACAUUUAUAACUUAAACUAUAUUGAAAUCACAAUCAAACAAAAAUGAUUUAUAUGUUUUUUUUUUUUUAAAUUUUAUUUACAUUUACUGAUUUUUGUAAAAAUACAAGACAUUGGGUUGUUGGAAUUUAAUUUUGAGACCCUGUUAGAAAGACUUUAAUUCAUUUUUGUGUUUUGAGGACUCAACAUUCAAUACAAUUUCGAGGUCUUUUAAACAUGUUCAUUAUCAUUGUCUCUAAAAGGGCUGGAUAAUUAUUCCAAAACUGGCAGAUUGAGCAGGAUUUUCAAAGCCUGGAAUGGUAGCAAAAACGGCAUGUUAAAUCAGGCAUACCGACAUAUGCUUGAAUGGGAAAUACACCUUCCCUUCUUGAUAACAAAGUGAAGACAUCAUCAAUUUAUAAAACUUUACGCUCAGAUCAGGAAGAUCUCUUGAAAACAGCUGCAAGCUCUGGAUAUAAGAAUUUUGAUAUUUCAUUGAUCUAUAUGUUGAUCAGAAACAUAUUUUCAAAGAUCCCUAAUCCAACAAAAGGAAAAUUGGGAGGAAAAAAUAUGCCUGCAGCAGAAGAGAUAAGGUUGGGGGAUGAUGUCAAACGAAUAAGGAUAAUCUGAAACUCUCUGACUGCACACGUGAGCUCAGCCUCCACCCCUCAGACAGAAUUCGAUGACACAUGGUUGAUGAUGUUGGAUAUCUGCCAAAGACUGGAAAACUUUCCUGGAAAGAAAUGCCUGGAUGACUUUCAUUGCAUUCAAAAUCUGGGUUUAAAAGAGAAAGAUGAAGAUGCUAUUAUAGAAAAUGUUGAAAUGGAAAGUCAGUAUGAAAUGGUGAAGACAACUAUGUCAAAUGUGCAAGACGUCGUGUCAGAAGUGCAGGAAGUAAAAGCAGCGGUAUUGAGACGAGAGCAAACAUGCUGCAAAAUAAGAGUAUUACUAAUCGGCCAUCUUAUAGAGCACUUGAAUAUACACUUUUAUACAUAAUCAAAAACAAUAUUGAACUCAAGUUCAAUUCACAUUUAUUUUAUUAUUUGGAUAUGGUAUUGUCAAAAUACCAAACAUCAAAUAGUUUUAUAUGCUGGAACGCAAAAGAAACGUAGCAACCUAUCUUUAGGGAUGGGAGCUUCGGGUACAGUAGAGUAUAUACUUACUAUAACUUUGUCCUUAAAAUUUAGGACAUCUUCGAUUUGGCAAAAUCAGUCAUUCAAUGGUUGAAUGAUUUUCAUUCCAUUACAGGAAGUUGAUAUUUAGCCCUCUUAACUGAAAUCAAAAAUAGCAUGGUUAAUAAAGCAUUUGACAAUAAUUUUGAUUUCGAGGGUUUGUAGCAUUGUACAUAUGUUCCGAAAAAAAAUCCUUCUUUCUUUUCUGAAUGUGAUGCCUUUAAUUCCUCCAAAUGACUGAAAGCACACAUUCCAUUGCUUAUGCUGGGAUUUCUAAACUGUUUGACCAAAAAGAACACACUCUUCUUAUGCAAUGAUGAAAUUCAAUAACAAAUGUUGGGAAACAAACCAUUAUAUGUUUGAAAUACCAUAGAGAAUUUGACAGACACAUUUUUUGACACAAACAUUUUUCGAAAAU